AUCUGCUCCGCCCCGGCCCCGCGGGAAGGGAGGAACCGGGGCCGGGCCUCGCUCGGCUUUCACGGCAUGAAGCGGCCGCCUCAGCCCCGCGGCGGCCCUUUAAAUAGCCGCCGCCCGGCUGGCAGCGGAGCGUCGUGUUGAGCUCGCCGAGCAUCCAUCGCCUCAGCCCCGCUGCCCGCAGGCUAGCCAUCAUGUUUGAAAUCAAGAAGAUCUGCUGCAUCGGUGCGGGCUAUGUCGGGGGGCCAACCUGCAGCGUGAUCGCCCAGAUGUGCCCCAACAUCACCGUCACCGUCGUGGACGUCAACGAGGCCAGGAUCAACGCCUGGAAUUCGGACACGCUCCCCAUUUACGAGCCAGGGUUAAAAGAAGUGGUAGAGGCCUGCCGAGGAAAAAAUCUCUUCUUUUCUACCAGUAUUGAUGAUGCCAUUAGAGAAGCUGACCUUGUAUUUAUUUCUGUUAACACUCCCACAAAGACCUAUGGGAUGGGAAAAGGCCGAGCUGCUGACCUGAAAUACAUUGAAGCUUGUGCUAGACGAAUUGUACAAAACUCCAAUGGCUACAAAAUUGUCACUGAGAAGAGCACAGUGCCAGUUCGUGCUGCAGAGAGCAUUCGGCGGAUAUUUGAUGCCAAUACAAAGCCUAACCUGGAUUUACAGGUGCUGUCUAACCCAGAGUUCCUCGCAGAAGGAACAGCCAUCAAGGACCUGAAGAACCCGGACAGAGUGCUUAUUGGUGGAGACGACUCUCCAGAGGGACAGAAAGCUGUCCGUGCACUCUGUGCUGUUUAUGAGCACUGGGUGCCCAAAGAGAAAAUCCUCACCACCAACACCUGGUCAUCAGAACUUUCUAAACUGGCAGCUAAUGCUUUCCUUGCCCAAAGAAUCAGCAGCAUUAACUCAAUCAGUGCUCUGUGUGAAGCUACGGGGGCAGAUGUUGAAGAAGUAGCAAGAGCUAUUGGAACAGACCAAAGAAUUGGAAAUAAGUUUCUGAAAGCCAGUGUUGGGUUUGGAGGUAGCUGUUUUCAGAAGGAUGUCUUGAAUUUAGUGUACCUUUGUGAGGCACUGAACUUACCUGAAGUAGCCAGAUACUGGCAACAGGUAAUAGACAUGAAUGAUUACCAGAGGCGAAGGUUUGCUUCCCGUAUUAUUGACAGUUUGUUCAAUACUGUCACUGAUAAGAAGAUUGCUAUUCUAGGGUUUGCAUUCAAAAAGGAUACUGGGGAUACCAGGGAGUCAUCCAGUAUCUACAUUAGCAAGUAUUUAAUGGAUGAAGGAGCAAAGCUCCACAUCUAUGAUCCCAAAGUACCUAAGGAACAAAUCAUCUUGGAUCUCUCACACCCAGGUGUCUCAGAAGAUAACCAAGUGUCUCGCCUGGUGACUAUAAGUAAAGAUCCAUAUGAAGCCUGUGAUGGUGCUCAUGCCCUUGUAAUUUGCACUGAAUGGGACAUGUUUAAGGAGCUGGAUUAUGAACGUAUUCACAAGAAGAUGCUGAAGCCUGCAUUUAUCUUUGAUGGUAGGAGAGUUCUUGAUGAUCUUCAUAAUGAGCUGCAAGUCAUUGGCUUCCAGAUUGAAACAAUUGGGAAGAAGGUGUCAGCAAAAAGAAUCCCUUUCGCUUCUUCUUGUGAAAUUCCCAAGUUCAGCCUGCAGGACCCACCUGUCAAAAAGCCUAGAGUAUAAUGUUUAGUAGGUACUAAAGGAACUAUGUGGACCUUCUUAAGGAUAAUAACUGUAAGCCUAUGCUUUUUUAAGGAAAAAUAUUUUUCAUAAACUAAAAGCAAUUUUACACUAGAAAUGGUACCCGGUACAUGUGAAUUCAGUCUAUUUUCAAAUCUCUAUUUUUAUAGCAAUUUUUUGGUUACUGAAGAUGGUACUGACCUGUUUUUAAUAAUGAAACAACCUUUUAAGUGGAAAAGUUACCAUCAAACUGCAAAUUUUUGCUUCCAGAAAUGUUCCUAAAUUGCACUUUAAAUGUUUCAAGUGAUGUGGGGGAGAGAAAAAAAUGGAACAUCUUUUUACUUCAGUCCAGUUGUAGAUAGUGAUCAGGAACUUUGGCCUUGCUUUUUAAAAUUUUCCUCUGGGGUUAAUUCUUUCCCCUGUUGAAUCCCUGCUUUAAAUGGCAGUGGAGUCAAAUUUGCUUAGAACUUCUCUCUUAAUAGGUUUGGGUUGAGCCCUAACCCAGAGCUGACUGCAGCCGUAAUGCCCUGAUCCUGACUGGGAUCAACAGGCCCGGGUGCGGUCUGAGCUGUGUCUGUUGGGAGGCCAGAUAGUUUUGCAGACAUCUAUCAUGUCAUUGGCAGUGGACUAGCAGCCAUGAACUGAUCCACUGGUAAAUCUCGCUUGUGAUUCUUGGUUGUCUUGCCUACAUUCCAUGUGCAGCACGUAAAUUAUUGAGUUAAUCAGAUUCCUGGGGCAAGUUUUUCCUCGGUUACCACAAUACAACCCAUCUUCAGCAGAGGAGCAUUCUGCUUGCUGCUUGUCUGAAUGUUGAAUUUAAGCAGAAUUACCUUAAUCCAGUAUCAGCCUAAGCAGAAAGCAAAUGGUAGCUUCAAAGCUACCUGAUGGUUAUUUUUUUUUUCCGUCCUUUCUGCUUAUACUUCAACUGAAAGCAGCUUUCUUAAUGAAUCUGCAAAACUUAUCCUCUGCUGUUCUGAAAAUAAAAAUUCAGCCCCAUAUGUUAGUCAGCUUUCUACCUCAUUUAAUUAGCAGGAAUUAAUGGUUCCUAUGUAUCUUGAUACUUUUGCCUUUACUUUAUUUUUACUUGUUUUUAUUCUCAAUUGGCCAGUGCUAUUAAAAUCCUUGAGAUUAUGAAGUUUGUGUUUGGCUUGUUGCAUGGGGUUGUGAAAAGGAGUGCAGUUCUAGAGAAGGAUGACCAUGAACCGGUUUCAAACUAGAAGGCAUAUAGAAGUCUUAGCUGAAUAAUAGUAGUGUUGGGAUGUCUUUUUAAAAAUAAAUAAAUCCUGUAACUAGUCACAGAACACCUCCUGGUUUUAUUCAACAGCUGUGCCUUCAAGUGUGCUAUGUCAAUAGUUGUACUGGAAGCACAAGAUCAGCGACUUGGUAAUGAGUCCUGUCACUGUAACCAUUCACCCACAGCAAUGCAGAUGCAAUGUGAGCUUUAGGACAGAUCUUUGAAGACCUCAGGAAUUUAUACACCAAACUGAGGAGACAAUGCAAGGCAGUGUUACCUGCUCUGGUGGCAAUAGCUGUACUCCUGUGCCAGAUGCCCUCAGAUCCUGUACCUCAAUGGCUUCUAGAGGAGGACUUGCUAAGUAGCAAUUGUUCAGUGCUUCGGGCAAAUGUGCCUCGAGCUUUUUGCUGCAUCACAAGACUCGUUUGAAUAUGUUAUAAGAUAGCCAAAAAGAGUGGAAAUUAUGGGAGCUUAAACUCCAACUAUCUUCCAUCAGGACAUCUUUUCUUCCUGAUUCAUUAGUGCUGCUUUCAUACAACACCCAGAGAGCAAGGACAACCCUGUGGUGCUGUAAUCAAAAGGGGAAAAUCACACCCUUUGAGCAGGCAGACACCUUCUGGGCUUCCCCCAGCAGUACCAGAGGGCAAGCCGGUAACUCCUCCUUGGGCAUUAAGAGGUUUGAAGUAGAAACAUGAAACGCUUAAAAACUUCCUCUGUGAAAAUCACACUAAUCUGUGGGGUAACUCUAAACCGGGGAGUGGCACAUGGUUUUCUGGAGAUCGCUAGGUGGUGACUGGUACUGGUGUUUCUCUUGCUUUCUUCAGUCAACUUUUUUCAUCUGCUGCAUUCCUUCAGUGGGACACUGGGAUCGUGGGAUGAGUCAGGUUUAGCAAUCUGAACAGCUGGUGGUGCAUGCCUUCAGGAUACCAAAUACCUUGCAUAUAUGCAAGAGAACCUUGCCACAUGCCAAAAGAAACAUGUUCAGAAGCUUUUGCAGCACUGUGAAUAACCAGUUAUCCUCUUCAGAGUACGGUUGCCAGGGAAAUAGAGUUGGAGAUGACUUGUUCCUGCUUCAAAGGGUUUGUGCUCACAAGUAAUGCAUGAGGUGGUUCUUAAUGGAAUUGAGUCUGUGUUUAUGGGAUAUUAGAGCAUGUAACUCUUGAUGAGAAUUGUAUAAUAUGAGUAAUAGACUUCUAUGCUCUGUUUUUUGAUUUUUUUUUAAAUAAAAUACAAUCCAACAUUAA